AUGCAAGAGGCCACCGACGAAGGCGCAUCCACGGCCCCCACGAACGGCACCACAAACUCCCCAGCAAUCCCCGAACCACUCUCCCAGCCCGGCGCCGUAUGUCCUAUUCCUCCCAUCUCCCUCACCCCAUUCACCAGUCGCCUAUACGUCGAGCCCCUCCCCGUGCCCCCUCACAUCCAGCAAUACCACCCUGCCAUCCUCUCCCCACUAACCCAAUCCUUUUCCCAGGACCCCUCCACCGUCCCCCAACCACAUCCACCACAGCAACAACAGCAACCGACCGCCUCCGCCUCCGCUGCUCCUGCAAACGCGAAUCAGGCAAUGGCUGGCUCCGGCCCCGGCCCCGGCCACUCGACCGCCUCGUCGCCGGCCCCUGCUGCCGCGAGAGGAUCACCGCAUCUGGGUCAACAGGCACAAGCGGCGGCGCUGCCUACACAGCCGGCGAUUCAUGGGUCGCCGACGAGGAUAUAUUUGAAUACGAAUGUCACGCCUCAUUUGUUGGAGGGGAUGAAAUACUUGGCGGUCAAUGAGCCAGAGAAGCCGCUGAAGUGGUUGUCGGAGUUCCUCGCGCAGAAGAGCGUUGAGAUCGAAGGGGCAUGA